AUGGUACUUUCAGGUGCUGAAAGAGCUCGACGUUGUCGAGAAAAAAAGAAAAGAACAGGACUGAGUGAAAUUGCAAAGCAAAAAGAUCGACUACGUAAGCAAGCGGUUCGUUCAAAAAUGUCUUCAAGUCAAUUAGCAGCAUUACGGCUACGUCAACAUGCUAGUCUACGAAAAUUUCGUGAAAAAACAGCAACAGCUCCAAUUCCUUCUUCAUUAGAUACAUCACACUUUGUAACAAAACAAGCAAAAGCCAAAGCAUUAAAAAAGAUGAAACAAGCAUUACCUGCAAAUAAAAACAAACAAAUUGAAUUAAUUCAUAAAAUUGCUGAGGAUUUAAACGUUUUGCAAUUAGAAAAAAAAUAUGAACGUAACUAUCAAUCGAUACCGUUAGAAGUAAAAAAGAAAGUUUUUGAUUAUUAUUGUCGUGAUGAUAUUAGUUACCAAUCACCAGGUAAACGAGAUACUAUUACAGUAAAAGAAAAUGGUGCUAAAUUAAAAUUACAACGACGUUAUCUUUUAUUUUCAUUACGUGAAUUAUACCAAUUAUUUGUUCAAGAAAAUCCACAGAUAAAACUCAGUUUAUCUAGUUUUCAAGAUUUAAGACCAUCUAACGUAUUAUAUAAAUCAUCUAUUCCACACAAUGUCUGUGUUUGCAUUUAUCAUGAAAAUAUAUCAUUACUUUUACAAGCAUUAAGCAAAUAUAUUCAUGGAUUGGAACGUAUUGAUUUGCACUCAUUUAUCAAUUUAAUUGUUUGUGAUCCUGCCAACGAAUUAUGUAUGUUUGGAAAUUGUACUCAUUGUAUCAAUAAAUUCAAGAUUGAAAUCAAUGAUAAAAUAAUUAAUCCAACAUUGAAAAUUAAAUGGAUGUUAUGGUCAAUAUCAGAACAAGGAAGAUAUGAAAAGAUUGAUUAUGAAGGAUCAGUAUUAGAAUGCGUUACCACAUUACAAGAAAAAAUUGAUCAUUUCUUAUUUCAUGUUUUUGUGAAACGUCAACAGUCAUCAUAUUUUGAAACGUUAAAAGCAAAUGUGACCGACAAAAAGUGUCUCAUCCAGCUUGAUUAUGCUGAGAACUUUGCUGUGAUCGAUCAAAAUGAAAUUCAAAGUGCACACUGGUCUCGACAACAAAUAUCCUUAUUUACAGUUUAUAUUUGGACCAAGUCAUUUACACAGCCUAUGGUUAUUGUUUCAGACGAUAUCUCACACAAUAAAUUUACCGUUUCUCAAUGUCUGGAGCAUGUUCUCAAACAUUUGCAAUUAAUGAUCCCAUUGUUACAAGAAGUAAUCAUAUUCAGUGAUGGAUGUGCAAGCCAAUUUAAGCAAAGAUACUUAUUCAAAAAUCUAUCGUUUCUAGCUGAUAAAUAUAAAAUUGGUUUGUCAUGGAAUUUUUUCGCCAGUAACCAUGGAAAAGAUAAAAAUAACUCUAUUAUUAUUGAAGAAUUAUUGGUUAGUGAAAUUCAAGGUGCACAAAAGGCACUUAAUUUACUAUUUGAUAAUGUGCGGGCUGUGCCUAACAUUCAAAAAAUCCAUUCAAUGACUGUUGUACGAUCUGGUGAAAUUGAAUUGAAAAUCUAUGCAAACAGUGCAGAAAAAAAAGCUUUCCAUUUUUGA